CAAAUCAUUCUCCCUCAGCUCCCUUGACCAAGCAAAUCGAAUCGAAUCGCCGGGAGCGGGAGAGCGCAUCCAACUCCGCCGGCAAUGGCGAGCCUCACCUUGCCGCCGGCGCCUCCCAACCCCCGCCAGGACGCCAUCGACCUCCACAAGGCCUUCAAAGGGUUUGGGUGUGAUAGUACAGCAGUUUCAAAUAUACUUGCUCACCGUGACUCAAUGCAACGUGGAUACAUUCAACAUGAAUUCAAGACUAUGUAUUCUGAGGAACUUUCGCGUCGUAUAUCAUCUGAACUCAGUGGAAACCACAAGAAAGCAAUGUUGCUCUGGAUUCUUGAUCCUGCUGGACGUGAUGCAACUGUUUUGAGAGAUGCUCUGAGUGUUGAAGCUCCUGAUCUGAGAGCAGCUACUGAUAUAAUAUGUUCCAGGACACCAUCACAGCUGCAAAUAAUGAAACAGACAUAUUAUGCCAAGUUUGGUACCUAUCUUGAGCAUGACAUUGGUCAGCAAACUUCUGGUGAUCAUCAGAAGAUCUUACUAGCCUAUUUGGGCAUUCCACGCUAUGAAGGCCCUGAGGUUGAUCCCACUAUAGUGACACAUGACGCAAAGGACCUGUACAAAGCUGGUGAGAAAAAGCUUGGCACAGAUGAGAAAACCUUCAUUCGUAUCUUCACUGAACGCAGCUGGGCACACAUGGCAGCUGUUGCUUCUGCUUACCACCACAUGUAUGAUCGAUCGUUAGAGAAGGUUGUCAAGAAUGAAACAUCUGGAAAUUUUGAAGUUGCACUGAUAACUAUCCUCAGAUGUGCUGAGAAUCCAGCGAAGUAUUUUGCUAAGGCAUUAAGGAAGUCCAUGAAAGGUCUAGGUACUGACGACAGGACACUUAUAAGGAUUGUGGUGACGAGGACUGAGAUUGAUAUGCAGUAUAUCAAGGCAGAAUACUACAAGAAAUACAAAAAGCCGUUAAGUGAUGCUAUCCAUUCUGAAACAUCAGGGAGUUAUCGGACGUUCCUGCUCUCGCUUGUUGGUAGCCACUAGGCUAUGUUCUACGGCCAGACAUGCUGCUUUGCAUUACUUUACCUAAAUGCAGCGACUCUACCCGGACAAUCAUCAUGGAUUCACGGUGUACUGAGUCUUGCUGACAACUAUUUAUGCUUGCUCUCGUUUAUUCUUGCUGACAACUAUUUAUGCUUGCUCUCAUUUAUUAUCUUUGCCUAAAGUGUGUGUAUAUAUGAUUCGUAUCUGGGGACCCUUGUGCGGUUGCUGCUUGCUGGUGUUGGUGGUUCACUGUUACUUGGUUUGGUGAUUGUAUUCGGUUGUGCUAUUAUUAACUGUAGUGAGCACUGUAUUUUUCUUCAUUGAAAAAAGAGUGAAGAUGGAGUUCGUAGUGUUA